ACGAAGUGACUGGAUGGAAGUGACGGGUGUUGGAAAACGCGUUUCGAUCAUUUCAGAUGUGUUUUUUUAGUAUAUUGCCUUAUAGUCGUUUAAAAUACAUUUUGUAGAUGAGUAUUAAAUUAAUUAAAAUUAUAUCUAACCCGUAGAAAUGUAAUAAAGUGUUCCUAUUUACAUAAUAUGUCCGGAGAAUGUAAAUGAUCAGCAUGUGUCACCACUCAUCAACAAAUUUAUAGUGAAGCAGUGAACAGUCGUCAUGUGAGGAAGGUUAUGACUAUCAGUUGAAAAUCAACUUAAAUUUAGUUGGUGUUUGUGUUGUGGAUCAGUGUUAUUUAUUUUUUGGCUGGUGGGAGUGAUAAAUUCUGUCUCAAAAUGGCGGACCUCGAAGCUGUGCUGGCAGAUGUCAGCUACUUGAUGGCUAUGGAGAAAUCCAAGUGCACUCCAGCAGCGAGGGCUAGCAAAAAAAUUGUUUUGCCAGAUCCAAGUGUUCGGAGUGUUAUGCACAAAUAUAUGGAAAAGAAGAAUGAAGUUAAUUUUGACAAAAUAUUUAAUCAAGUCUUAGGUUAUUUAUUAUUUAAGGAAUUUUGUGAACAAACGUCAGAAGAACCAGUGCCACAAUUAAAGUUUUAUGAAGAGAUUAAAUUAUAUGAAAAACAAGAAUGUAUAGAAGAAAGGCGGAGGAUCGCGAGAGAUAUUUAUGACAAUUUUAUUAUGAAGGAACUAUUAGCACAUUCACACGAUUAUUCCAAGGAAUGCGUAGCGCAUGUACAGAAAUAUUUAAUGAAACACGAAGUGCCACCAAAUCUAUUUGAGCCGUAUAUUGAAGAAAUAUUCCAACAUCUCAGAGGAGAGCCCUUUAAACUAUUCUUAGAAAGUGACAAAUACACAAGGUUUUGUCAAUGGAAAAACUUAGAAUUAAACAUACAAUUAACGAUGAACGACUUCAGCGUACAUCGCAUCAUCGGACGAGGAGGUUUUGGUGAAGUGUACGGCUGUCGGAAGGCGGAUACCGGCAAGAUGUACGCGAUGAAGUGCCUCGACAAGAAACGCAUCAAGAUGAAGCAGGGCGAGACGCUCGCGCUCAACGAACGGAUUAUGCUCUCACUAGUCAGUACCGGGGUGGACUGCCCCUUCAUCGUAUGCAUGACGUACGCAUUCCACACGCCGGACAAACUGUGCUUCAUCCUGGACCUGAUGAACGGCGGCGAUCUCCACUACCACCUGUCGCAGCAUGGCGUCUUCAACGAGGCUGAGAUGAAGUUCUACGCGGCUGAAGUCAUCCUAGGUUUGGAGCACAUGCACAAGCGCCACAUAGUGUACAGAGACCUGAAGCCGGCGAACAUUCUGCUCGACGAGCACGGGCACGUGCGAAUAUCCGACCUGGGGCUCGCCUGCGACUUCUCCAAGAAGAAGCCACAUGCCAGCGUCGGCACCCACGGCUACAUGGCACCCGAGGUGCUGUCCAAAGGCACCGGCUACGACUCCUCGGCCGACUGGUUCAGCUUCGGCUGCAUGCUGUACAAACUGCUCAAGGGACACUCGCCGUUCCGCCAGCACAAGACUAAGGACAAGCACGAGAUCGACAGGAUGACUUUGACCAUGAACGUGGAGCUGCCGGAAUCGUUCAGUCCAAGCCUGAAGAGUCUGCUCGAGGGGCUGCUGCAGCGCGACAUCAACAAGCGGCUCGGCUGCAAGGGACGAGGCGCCGACGAAGUGAAAGAGCACGUGUUCUUCGCUGGCAUCGACUGGCAGCAGGUGUACCACCAGAAGUACACGCCGCCGCUGAUCCCGCCGCGCGGGGAGGUGAACGCGGCCGACGCGUUCGACAUCGGCAGCUUCGACGAGGAGGACACUAAGGGGAUCAAGCUAACUGAGGCGGAUCAGAUGCAGUACAAGGACUUCCCACUGGUCAUAUCCGAACGCUGGCAGUCGGAGGUGGCAGAGACAGUGUUCGAGACCAUCAACCAGGAGGCCGACAAGAUGGAGCAGAAGAAGAAGGCCAAGCAGAAACAGAAGUUUGACGCCGACGAAAAAGAAUCGGACUGCAUACUGCACGGCUACAUAAAGAAACUUGGCGGUCCGUUCGCCAGCGCCUGGCAGACGCGCUACGCGAAACUCUACCCCAACCGGCUCGAGCUGCAUCUUGAGAACAGCGCCAAGCCUGAGAUGAUACUCCUGGAUACCGUCGAAGAAGUGUCCUCUGACCUGGUGUCCAUCAAAGGAGAGCAGUGCAUCGUGCUGCGGACUAGAAACGACACCAAGAUCGUGCUCACUAAUACGGACGAGAUCGGUCUUAAAGAGUGGGCGCUCUCCCUCCGCUCCGCUCACAAGUGCUCCCAAGAGCUGCUCGCUUCCAUGGCCAAGAAGGCCGGCAAGAUCUACGGCACCGACGGCGCCAAAGAAUCGCUAGCACUCGCGCGGCCGCCGCCCGCCGCUUCGCCGGCGCUCGCGCGAGCCCCGAAUGGGAGCAACUAGCACGAGCUGUCCGCGCCCAAUAAGGGCGCGAAGAUGUUCCGGCGUUCCAAGAGCGCCGCCCAGCUCAUCAAGUGAGUGAGUUAGGGUGCGUAAAUGAGGUCUAUGCAUAGUUGGUUUGGCGAAAAUCGAUUGGAGAAACUUUCAGUUGGGUCUUUUUGAUUGUGGGCCGAUUUGAGUACUGCAUUUCAGUUGUCUAUUUAAUUAUUAUUUUUAGAGUCAUUCACUUUUAAAUUGAUUUUUAAGUAAUAACUUAUGAUGUGACAUAAAAGACCAUUUUUGACAUGUUUCCCUUUGAACAGGUAAUUUUUAACGCAGUUCAUUAUUUUAAUUUGAAUUGUACUCGUUGUUAAGUCAUGUUAGUAAAUAACUAUUACCGCGAAUCUGAUGUCUGAAAAGUAUUUGAAUCAGUCAAUAAACGAAAGGACACAAUUGAAAGAACUAGUUCUUUUUCACCAAAAAAUUUGCGCUAUUGUAGAUCUUAGUAUGGAGCGCGUCGUUCGAUUUGCGAACUGUGUGUUAAAAUCACGAAAUUUUAAAUUAUAUCUCUUAAAUUCUUAGAGGUGUUUGAAAAGAAACCUUAUCGUUUUAGCAUGGACUAGUUAGUACAAAUUUAAAAAUUAUGCAUAUACCCUGUUUACUCGGAUACAUCUAUAUUCUCGGACAGAGAAGUGACCUUUGACGAUGGUAACUCGAUACUGAAAGAGCGCAUCAAGGCACAUUUUCAGUGAGCUAAUGGAAAUCGGAAUCAAACUUUGUGUGCGGCAUUGCUUGAAGUGACGCAGGACGGAUAUACAGUGAUGGUAAUGGAUAGCCUAUUGAAAAUGAACCUUAAAGUGCGUUGUCUGAAAGUCGAGUAUGGCUCGCUGACGAUUCAGCGCUUGCCGUGAGUGACGGAGGCGUGGCUUGAGCCCCUCGCGUAGUGAAGUGCUCCCGCGGCCCGCUAUAGCUCUAAGAACCAUAGUGACUUUUAGGACUGCCAAUUAUUAAUAAACGAAUGCUGCUCGCAUUUUAUUGUUGUACGAAUUAAUGUGAUAGUACCGAUCAAAUUAAAAUGUAUAAAUAUUUCAUUUACCUACAGUGAUCUUUCGAUUGUGGAUAAUAAACUUUUGUAAUCAUUUGCACCGAUUGACUUUUGUAAUUAUCGAUGUGAAUGUUCUGGAUGUUGUAUUUAACUUCGUAGUAGGUAUUGUAAAAAUAAUAACUUAUAAAUCGAGUAGAUAAGUAUAGCGAUUACCUUUAUGUGUUUGUGCAAUAGAUCAAAAAUAUUAUAGAAAUAAAAUAAAAAUUGUAACUAACGGUGGAACUGGUUAUCGGAAAUUAGAAUGUCUUGAAGAUUUUGACAAAUUGAAUUGUUCGUUGUGCGUAUAUUUAUAGAAGCUUCAAUUUAAUCGAUUUAUAUUGUAAUUAGAAACUCUAGCACUUUGGUUACACCUCCAACUAUUGCACACAAAUUAUAAUAUUGUAUCACAUUUGUUUUGUGUUGUCUCUGGUUGCUCUCUCGUGCAAUUAUGGUAAAAUGUUAAAAUGGUUCCUUUUAUUCAAUAUCUGGAACAAAAUGUAAUGAAUGUUAUUUAUUAAACGGUACUUAAAUUAUAUAUUAUCACACAUUUUGUGUUCUAAACUGACUAUUGCAAUAACUUUCAUUGUUAUUUAUAAAUAGAGACAAAAUGUAAGUAGAUCUUAUAAAAAAUCUCUUUCAUAUAAUACUUAGAGGCAAUACUUUUCUAACAACAUUUAGGUGUGGUGAUUAAUAUAACAAUAGUUGUAAAGCCAAUAUUUAGAAAAAUUUUAAAGCAUGUUCAAUGUCCAUGAAUUUAUGUGGGAUUUUGUUCUAAUAUUUAUUCCAUAGACAAUUUAUUAUGGCAUGGCCAGAAUGACUUUUUGUAUGUUGUGUACGUUUAUAUGUAAACCAAUGCAAAUUCGUUUAAAAAGUACUUUCACUGUGUCUGAUGCAGAUUUAGUUUCAUCAUAUUUUACAUUACGACUGUUUCUUUUGUUGCCAUAUGAUUUUAAAGCAUAUUUUUAUUUUAACACUGUCGGUGAUCUACUCAUAUAAAGGACUAAAAGAUGGAAUGUCAUGGCGUGAUGAAAGCAAAGCAAUAUGAAACUUAUCGAUGAAGGUAACAGGGUGAGCCGGCGUUAUAGAUGUAACAUGUCGUUCGCGUGUAUAUAGAAAUACAUACUUUACUCUCAUAGAUUACUUUGGCGACCUUUUGAGCGUAGUAUAGUUUGACGCAAUAGAUUAGACAUUAUGUAUAAAUAUAAUUAUCGAUAUCGGAUAUUACGUCAUCAUUAGCAGAAUAAUAUUAUGAUGCCUAAAUUAGAUUGUAACAGCAUUGGUUUGCUGCUCUGACAAAUGUAAUUACGAAUUUAAGUUAUGAUUUUUUAGAAUAUUUUCAUAUUCCUAGUUGAUGCAGUAUAGCUAUAUGUAAUAUCUGUAAUGACAUUAUUGGUACUUGUCAUGAUAACUAUUAGAUGCUAGUCAAUUGAAUUUUACUGCACUAAAGUCAUUGAUUUUAAUGAAAUUAAUUAAAAUUGUAAUGUAAUAGUUUGAGCAGUAUUAUAGGUUAGUUGUUUAUUUCUUGAUGAAAUCAUUCUAUCUAUUGUGAUAUAUCUUUAAAUGCGUAGUCGCAUCAGGUUAGUAACAUUAUCUGUAUGGAGGGAAUUAAUGUGAUUGUGUACUUAGAACUAUUCAAUAACCCAUGGGUGACAGUUUUUCCAAUUUAUUAUAAUACAAUAAUUAGGGUUAAUAGUUCAAUUUACAAAUACCUGCUGUUUUACGCUAAAUAACAAGUAUCUGUAGAUUGCACUAGAACACGUCAAAAGUUGAUUGAGUAGCAUUUGAAUAAUGUUUUUGUAUUGUAUUUGACAAUCAUAGUAGUUGGAAAUAUUCAACAUUCCGGAAUGCCAAAUUAGCUUACUAUAGUGGGUAAUUUAAUGCAUUUAAGAGAUUUUUAAUUUAUUUAUGUAAACUCAUACAUCCAUAUUAUAACCAGCACGAUGUGUAGUGUGGAUUAUUUUAUAUUUCGAAGGCUAAUUUUUAAUAAAAUCUAGGUCCGAAGCGCACCAGGCUAGAUCUGCAUCAGACAAUGUUACAAUACCUCCUUUAGGAAAUAUUUUUAUUGUGAACCUACAUUAUGUGUAGUAAAUUGUUUAUUUAAUCA